UGUCUCCAGGAAGUCCAGGUAGGGCCAGGAACCAGGUGGGAGGAGUUUGGCUUCUGCGCCGUGCAGGGUCAUGCUGGCUUCGGCCCCUUGAUGCGCCAGCUGUGGGAGGGCGCUCGAGCAUCUAGCUGGCCAGUCAGCAGGCAGGGCCCUCGAGGAAACAGUUGCUCUAUCCACACAGGUUCCCUGAUGCCGGGGGUAGGUUGGCUGCUGGUACUCCUGCUGGCCCUGCUGGGGGCUGCCCUGCUCUUCUGGCAGCAUGCUCCAGCACGAAGCAAGAUCCCCGGGGCACAGAAGCAUAGGGUGGCACUGCAGCAGAUGGAGGCCCUGGCCCAGCGUCUCCGGCAGCAGGAACCCUCCCUGAACCCCAAGGCCAUCCUGGAGCUGCCCCUGGAGAGUCUGGCCCAGAAGCUGCAGGAUGAAGAGCUCAGUCUGGAGAGCAUCCUCUCUAGCUACUUAGAGGAGGCCCUGAAGGUACAUAAGAAGGUAAACUGCCUGACGGAUUUCCUGGGCGAGCAUGAGGAGGAACUGCAGGUAUUGAAGAAGCUCAAGAAGACUGAGAGAGGCCUUCUCUAUGGGGUCCCCAUCAGCCCCAAGGACACCUAUGACUGCAAGGGCCAUGACUCUGUGUGUGGCCUGGCUCAGUUCCUGGAGAAGCCCACGGCCAAGGAUGGGGUCAUUGUGAAAGCGCUCAAGGCUCAGGGAGCUAUUCCCUUCGUUAAGACCAUCAUCCCCCAGACACUGCUCAGCUUUUAUUGCAGCAACCCCAUCUAUGGACGGACCCUGAACCCUCUGAAUUUAAAGAAGACACGUGGGGGCUCCUCAGGGGGUGAGGGAGUCAUGCUGGCACAAGGGGGUUCCAUCCUGGGCAUGGGGUCCGACACUGCUGGCGGCAUCUGCAUACCAGCCAGCUUUUGUGGGGUCUGUGGCUUCCAGACCACGGGAUACUGCCUCAGCUACUCUGGAAUCGCCUCUGCUGUUGGUCAAGAAACAGUGACUACAGUGGGUGGCCCCAUAGCCCGGGAUGUGGAGAGCCUGGUGCUGUGUAUGCGAGCCCUGCUAAGUGAAGACAUGCACCGAUUGGACCCCGCUGUGCCUUUCAUGCCCUUCAGGGAGGAGGUACACUCCAGUAACCAGCCCCUUCGAAUUGGCUACUGUGAAUCAGAUGGCUUCGCCCAGCCAACUCCUAGCAUGGCCAGGGCCAUGAGGCUCACCUCCAGGCUGCUCCAGGCUGCAGAAGGACAUCAGGUCAUCCCCUUCUGCCCCCGUAUAGAGUAUGCUGUCGAGCACCUGCUCAUGGGAGGUCUGUUUGCUGAUGGAGGGGCCACCCUUCUGGAGAAGCUUGAGGGGGACAUUGUGGACCCUUGCAUAAAGACAGUGAUCAACGUGCUCCGCCUGCCGGACCCUCUCAAGAGUUUCUUGGCCUAUAUCCUGAAGUACAUAGAGCCCUGAGCUAGCCAGAAGUUGAAAGAGAUUCGUGGAAUGGGGACUCCCAAAAAACUGCGGGAACAUCACACAGCAGUGGAGGAGUAUCAGCAAGAGUUCAUAGCCAAGUGGAGGUCCUUGGACCUGGAUGUUCUGCUGACACCACCGCUAACCCCUGCCUUCUCUACAGACCAUUCUAGCAUGGCAUUGGAUGUCUCCUCCUACUGGAGCCUGUACAAUGUCCUGAACUUCCCCGCUGGCGUGGUGCCGGUCACCGCGGUGACGCUGCAGGACGAGGAGGAACUGGCCUUCUACAAGGGAUACUACGGAGACAGUUCUGACAAAUCUUUCUGGGAGGCGGUACAAGGAUCCGUGGGACUUCCUGUGGCUGUGCAGGGCGUUGCUCUGCCAUGGGAAGAGGAGCUGUGUCUCCGGUUCAUGAAGGAGGUGGAGACCUUGGCCAAGAACCACAGGGGACCUGAGUGA